GGGAGACGCGAUGCGGUAGUCGAAAAUGAUCUGACGGUCGAACGUUCCUGAUACUCGGCGCUCUGCUCUCGCUCACCAAGUUUCGUAAACUGACAGACGGUCGACGGAGUUUUUCUGAGCCCGGGUUCCCGAUAUGGGGCGACAUCAGCUCGCGGACGUUUGCGGAUAAAAUGAAAUUUAAUCGCACGGUUUAUCGGCUCGCUUCGAGGUUAAAAUGCGGUAGAUAAAAAAAUAUAACUCAAAUGUCGGUUCUCAAGUCAUGGUCAUAAUAGAUACACUUUCGUUGAGAAGAUUAAAAUCAGUUACCGAGAUAUUUUACGCAAUUUACGCAAUGUGGAUAAUCAUCGUUGUCAUUUUCGUCGAAGAAUCCGAGAGCGUUUCGUUCCUGGUGCACAAGUACAGCACGAGGAUUGUCAAAACCAAGUACGGACCAUUGAGGGGCAUCAUUAUUCACAUGCACCCAUCGGUGGAGGCCUUCCUGGGAGUUCCUUAUGCGACACCGCCCGUUGGGAGUUUGAGGUACAUGCCACCGGUGACACCGUCUAUCUGGAAAUCGACUCGCUUAGCGGACAGAUUCAGCGCCGUAUGUCCGCAGCGGCUGCCGGAUAUCGGCAAUCGGACGGAAGCUCUUCUCGAAUACCCGAAGAAUCGGUUGCUCUACUUAGAAAAAGUGUUGCCACUAUUAGCCAAUCAAAGCGAAGACUGCCUUUACCUCAACCUCUACGUGCCCAGAACCGCGACUGGCGGGGAAGAAUCCAGUCUAUUGCCUUGUUUAGUUUACGUACACGGAGAUAGCUACGAAUGGAGCAGUGGAAACUUGUACGAUGGGACAUUGUUGGCGUCUACGGGGCAAGUUAUUGUAGUCACAAUCAAUUUUAGACUCGGCGUUUUAGGCUUUUUGAAAACAGGUACCAAAGGUAGCGCGCAAGGAAAUUUCGGUAUAAUGGAUUUAGUGGCUGGUUUGCAUUGGUUGAGAGAAAACCUUCCAGCUUUCGGAGGCGAUCCGCAAAAAGUCACGUUAAUGGGUCACGGUACCGGAGCUGCUCUAGUUAAUUUUAUUGCUGUGUCACCUGUAGCUAAAGAUUUGUUGCAUCGCGUGAUUUUAUUAAGCGGGUCCAGCCUUAGCCCUUGGGCGAUCCAAAAAGAUCCUCUCUGGGUGAAAAGAAGCGUUUCUUUGCAUACAAGAUGCUACGGGGACCUUCUCGAGGACGAUCUCGCCCCGUGCUUGAGGCUUCAACCGUUGAAUAGCUUGCUGGAUAUUAAAUUGGAUGUUCCACGAUUUUUACCAGGAUUCGCCCCGUUUGUAGACGGUACGAUUUUGGUGAAUCCCACGGCAUCGUCGAUGAAUAUCGGAGCGCCGACGAUUUCCACCAGCGAGGGGUUCGAGCUGGCCGAUUUCCCGGACAGAGACCUGCUCUUUGGGCUGACAUCCACCGAAUCCUACCUGGACCUGAACGCCCAGGACCUGGAAUUCGGCUUCAACGAGACGAAGCGCGACCGAAUCCUGCGGACGUACGUCAGAAACGCCUAUUAUUACCACUUGAACGAGAUAUUUUCGACGCUGAAAAACGAAUACACCGACUGGGAGCGAACGUCUCAAAAUCCGCUGAGCGUUAGGGAUGCAAUUUUGGAUGUACUAAGUGACGGACACACUGCAGCUCCUCUUAUCAGGAUCGGAUACCUGCACAGCCUGAGAGGUGGAACAACAUUUUUCUUCCACUUUCAACAUCACAAUGGAGAAAGGGAUGUUCCAAUGAGAGCAGGAAGUGUCCGAGGUGAAGAUGUCCCAUACCUUUUGGGUUUUCCGAUAACGGGCGCCGGUUUCUAUUCACCCUACAAUUACACAGUCAGCGAUGGUUCCAUAUCAAAGGCCAUGAUUCAGUACAUCAGCAACUUCAUUAAAACGGGAAAUCCUAACGGGGACUUGCCGCAUGCAGAAAAUCAAAACGCCAUCGCGAACGACAAAACAACGGCCGGCAUGCCGUUCUGGGACACUUACGAUACAAUCAAUCAAUUUUAUCUGGAGAUCGGCAGCCGCCUGGAUAAAAAGGACCACUACAGAGGGCACAAGAUGUCCCUUUGGUUGAACUUGAUACCGCAACUCCACCGACCCGGCGAGAACGGGGAUAUUUCCAUGAGACACCACCAGUUUCAAGAGGAAGACGAGCAAUAUUACGAUGGUUCUGUACGGCCUCAAAUAAAGGAGAAGCCAUCCUUUCACUAUACAACGGUUUCAUCAACGACUACUUCUACAUCGGGUACUAUUUCAACGCCGGUUCCACCGAAAUCGGAUACGGCCUUACAAGCUACAACUACAGAAUGCCCUCCAAAUCAAACAAUAUAUCUUCCAAGCCAAACUAAGUCUUCGAAUAAUUUACUAAGGAAAUUGGCAUCCAGUCACUAUCAAAGUUACACGACUGCCCUUACCAUCACCAUAGCCGUAGGAUGCUUCCUUCUGCUGCUGAAUGUGCUUAUUUUCGCUGGUAUUUACCACCAAAGGGACAAAGAGAGGAGGAAACACAAAGGAAGGGAAGCCCAGAAUGAAACAGGCAGCACGAGCAGCUCGUCGGGAGAAGGCUACGACAAGUCCUUCGAGGUGCAACCGCAGGAAUUGAAAUGCAGCAGGCACAAGUACAUGACCGAGUACACGUACGAGCCGAAGCACGGCGAUAUUCAAAUAACGGAGCUGCCCAUACAGAAUUUCAAAUCGUCCCCGCCGCCUGCCAAGCGAAUAGAAAACAUCCAGUCGAGUUUCCAUCCGCCGGACGUGACCGCCGCCGCCGGGCAGGACGCCGGGCGCGGCGCCGGACAUUUCUCCGCCGGGCAGGACUGCCAGCCGUCGGUCAGUACGAACCAGAUAGGGAUACUCAGGCCGCAAGGGAACCCCGUCACUCCGGGUACCAUGAAGAAACGUGUGCAGAUCCAAGAGAUAUCCGUAUGAUUAUACAUGAUAGGACCUUUGAUGGUAUAUAAUUUCGUUGUUUUUAGUGAAUUGCAUUGAAUUGAAUUGAAUUGAAAGACUACGUUUGUGUAAAUAUUAACUUCACAAAUAAUAAUCAAAAAUACGUUGUUUUAUGAAAUAUUUUAUUGGAGGUUUAUAUUAGUUUUGUAUUUAAAAAUAUGUAUAGUAUCUAUAAAAAAGUGUAUACACG